ACCGAACCUGGCUCGUGUGUGUGUGUCCCUUGUUCUUCGGCACGCACGCACGCACUCGCCCACACGCAACCGACGCAGGGGCUCGGGAGGACCACAAGCUGGGCGGCAGCUGGGCACGCACGCACGAACCACCCACCCACCCUUGGACUGAACCCGACCCGUCGGCCAUCAUCUCGCGAAACCUAAACCAAACCCCCAAGGCUUCGUUCGAGAUUCCCGCAACGUCGUGCCUCUGUUUCUGUUUUCUCUUGCUCCCUGUCCCAACCCUCCCGUCCACACCAGCGCCCGCACUCGACCCAUCCCGUCCAGAGUACGGAUGAUGCUGGGCACCUAGUCUGCUCAGUGCUGGCUUUCCGGGUUUGCGGUGCAUGCUAAAACAGCUCUGAUUAUGCGCCUGCGGUCCCUCCUUGCCAAUACCAUCCCGCCCUCCACUCCACGCCGGGUCCCCCAUCCGAUUCGAAUCGGCGGGUACAAUGCGAUCGGCCUCGAGCUCUGAGACUGACACAGAGACACACGCCGCUACCGCCGACUCCCACAACCCUGCUCGCCCUGUUCGCAACACCCCUCCAACAGUUUGCGACUCUCCGUCACCACCACCGCCCUUUCUCUCCCUCCAACCACCGACUGACCCCCCAGACCCGUCUGCAGACCCGUCUGCCCUUUGAUCUGCUCUCCCAGCGGCACACGCAGCACACCACAAAGGACUGAGCACCCGGGCUCCACUACCGCCAGGAGGCUCGUCCUCGCGCGACCACCACCAUGGCCUCGUUAUUUUCUAGGGGGAAGCACAAGGCCGACAAGAGAGCCACAAGUGACGAGGGUCGCAACUUGGCCGUGAACCAGCAGAUCGACGCCGGCAGCUCAUCGGGCUCGCGGUCCUCGCGCCACAACCGGGACUCCUCGGUCGUGUCCGUCGACCGUCCCAACUCAGCCGAGGGAGGCGGCAUCAACGAGGUGGCAGGCGUCUUCUCCACGAUACCGUAUGACAGUACCGCAAAUGGCCGUCGCUCCCCCGCCCCGGUCGAUUAUCUGCCCAAGCCUGACCAGAUGCCCGUCCGCAGAGAACCGUUGCCCCAUCAGCUGAACAAGGCCACUGCCGACUUUCACCAGUAUCCUAGUUUCGAUCCAUCCUCCCUCCCAAACCAUGCAAGUACCCACCUCUCCGGGCCCCGGCCCCCUCCCGGGAGGGCCUCGAAUAUCACAAUGGCUUCGACCGGCCGCCAGACCCAGUACCAGCAAUGGGGCCCCACCACCCGGGAGAGCUCCCAUCCAGCAGGAUCCCAUGGUUCCAAGUACACCUCGUACGCAACCUCCGCGGGCAGGACUUCGACAGACCAAUCUAGCAUAUUUUCAGGUAACGGAGGCUCCCAUGAAUACGCGCGCAUGUCCGGUCGCUCAUCCAGAACAGCACUCCCUAGUGCCUCCUCUCAGAGUAGCUACGCCUCGAACCUCUCCACCCGGGAUUCCCACCGCCUGACCAAGUUUCCAGGAGGCCUUUCACCCACGAGCCCCGGCGAUGCAUUCUACUUUCCCAAGCCCGAAGACCGGUUGAUCGACGACAUGUUCCUCCAGCUGAUGCAGAAACGUGGUUGGCACAACCUUCCGGAACAGGCCCAGCGCCAGAUGCUCGCAUAUCCCUCCGCAAAGAAAUGGACACUUAUUUACCAGGAUAGGCUCACCGAAUGGCAAGGCGAACAGAAGCGACGAACCACCGCGAAACCCGGGCAAUACCAAACUUUCGAUGUCGCCGCAUCGGCUGCCGAGGAGGGAAGUCCUGAAUGGUACGUUAGGAAGGUCAUGGACAAUAGCCUCGACACCAAGGGGCUCGGAAGCCUGGAAGUCAACUUGAGAACACAGCAGAUCGGCUGGGUCAAGCGUUUUAUUGAGUGUCAAGGACAAGUCGCCCUCACCAACGUUCUUAUGAAGCUCAAUCGAAAACAGGCAGUUGGGCCAGCGGCGCCCGAGACCAAGAACGACACCAAGAACCUCGACCGCGAGUAUGAUAUCGUAAAAUGUUUAAAGGCAUUGAUGAACAACAAGUUCGGCGCCGACGACGCGUUGGCGCAUCAGCAAGUUAUGGUGGCCUUGAGCACAUGCCUCAUCUCGCCACGACUGAGCACGCGCAAGCUUGUCAGCGAGGUUUUGACCUUCUUGUGUCACUGGGGUGAUGGCGAGGGCCAUGUCAAGGUUAUCCAGGCCAUGGACGUGGUCAAGAACCAACAGAAUGAGAAUGGGCGAUUCGACGCCUGGAUGCGGCUGGUCGAGGUUACCGUCGACGGCCGAGGCAAGAUGGGUAGCCUGGUUGGUGCGAGCGAGGAGGUUCGAAGCGGUGGUAUCGGCAUGGAGAACCUGCUGAUGGAAUACGCCGUUGCAACACUCAUCCUCGUCAACAUGAUCAUCGAUGCCCCUGAAAAUGACUUGCAGUUGCGGAUGCAUAUCCGGGCCCAAUUCGGGGCUUGCGGUAUCAAGCGCAUCCUCACCAAGAUGGAGUCGUUCCAGUACGACCUCAUUGACAAGCAGAUCGAACGGUACCGCAGCAAUGAAGCCAUCGACUAUGAGGACAUGCUUGAGAGAGAGAAUAGCAGCAUCAAGGAUAGUAUCGAAGGCGAGGUUAAGGACCUCAACGAUCCUGUUCAAAUUGCGGAUGCAAUCCAAUCGAGGCUACAGGGAACCAAGACGCAAGACUACUUCAUCUCAGCUCUGCAACAUCUGCUUCUCAUAAGAGAGGGCGAUGGCGAGGAGAGAUUGAGGAUGUUCCAGCUGGUUGACUCGAUGCUCAGCUAUGUGGCCAUGGACCGGCGGUUGCCGGAUAUGGACCUCAAACAGAGUCUGAACUUCACCGUCCAGAGCCUGUUGGACAAGCUACACACGGAUUCGGAGGCUCGUCAAGCUCUUGACGAGGCCCUUGAGGGCCGGCAGAUAGCGGAGGCUGCCAUGGCCGAGAGGGAUGAGAUGAAGGCGCAGCUGGAGCUAGGCGCUGAUGGGCUCGUCGCAAAACUUCAGAAGCAACUGGAUGAGCAAUCCCGGUUCAUUGAGGCACAGAGGAGGCAAGCCGACACGCUGAAAUCCGAGCUCGAAAACAUCCAAAACCUGCGGGCAAAGGAGGCCCAACGGUACGAGCUCGAGACGCGAGAACUUUACCUCAUGCUCCGAGACGCCCAAGAUGUAGCAGCCUCAAAUGCUGCUAAGGGUGGCACUAACGGAACCGAGGAUCCAGCCCGUAUGCAGGGCAUUCUUGACCGCGAGAGGCUCAUGGACCGCCUGGCCAUGCAAAUUGAGCGGCAGAAGACCCAAUACAAGCUGGAAGGCAGGAAAUGGGGCGAGGAUGCUGGCCCAUCGGACCGCUUGCGUGCGUUGCGUGAGGAGAUGGAGGGCUAUGGCCCGGCAACAGGUCUUGCACCACCUGGCCCCAACGAUUUUACCUACAGCGUGCUCGGUAGCGUAAACCACCGCAACACUAGGAUGAAUCGUAGGCGCGGAUCUCAGGACGGCUUUGGAGACGAGGAGGCCGAGGGUGAAGAAGGAGAAGUCAUCUACGAGAAGCCCCAGAUUGUCGAAUACCGCCGGCCACGCCUUGAUCCCAAGCAGGCUAGCGGCCUCAUGGGUGAAAUCAAGGGCACGGUCAAGCGAUACGAUGGCAGCGACUCCGAGGGUGAAGAUGCGACCACUGGCCCGUCUCACCCGAGUCUGGAGACCCAGUCACCCAUCACGCCCAGCGAAGACACACCCAAGAUCCAGAUCACCGGGGAGAAUGGAGCUCCUCCACCACCCCCGCCACCGCCGCCUCCUCCCAUGCCUGGUCAGAUCCCAGGUGCCGCUCCCCCGCCUCCGCCGCCGCCUCCGCCACCGCCUAUGCCAGGACAACUUCCUGGUGCCGGCCCUCCGCCGCCGCCUCCUCCACCCCCUAUGCCAGGAAGCGGUGGGCCUCCACCCCCACCUCCACCGCCUCCCCCUGGCAUGCCCCGAAUGCCAGGUGCCCCGCCUCCACCACCCAUGCCUGGUGCUGGUGCUCAUGGUCACUACUUGCCUCAGUCACCUGGGUUACCAGUGUCAAAUGGUCUUGGCCUUCCUGUCGUGCGGCCGAAGAAGAAGCUCAAGGCUCUCCAUUGGGACAAGGUCGACGAGGCAUCUUCUACUCACUGGGCUGCUCACGCUCCUACGGCAGAGGAAAGAGAGGAGAAGUACAUCGAGCUCAGCAAGAAGGGUAUCUUGGACGAAGUCGAGAAGCUGUUCAUGGCGAAAGAAGCCAAACGGAUUGGUGGAGCCGGUGCUAAGAAGGAUGACAAGAAGCAGCUUAUCUCUAAUGAUCUGCGAAAAGCAUUCGAAAUCGCUCUUUCCAAGUUUUCUCAGUACUCUGUUGAGAAGGUUGUGCAGAUGAUCAUCCACUGUGACACUGCUGUGCUUGACAACCCUGUUGUCAUGGACUUCCUGCAGAAGGAUGACUUGUGCAACAUUCCAGAGAAUACUGCAAAGGUCAUGGCGCCAUACAGCAAAGACUGGACAGGGCCAGACGCCACGUCAGUUGCUCGUGAGCAAGAUCCGGCUGAACUUACGAGGCAAGAUCAGAUCUACUUGCAAACCGCAUUCGAGCUCCACUACUAUUGGAAGAGCAGGAUGCGAGCUCUGGCUUUGACCAGGAGUUAUGAAGGUGAUUACGACGAGAUCACUGAGAAGAUGCGCCAGAUCGUCGAAGUGUCCGAAUCCCUCAGGGACUCGGUCUCCUUGAUGAAUGUCCUUGGCCUGAUUCUCGAUAUCGGCAACUACAUGAACGAUGCGAACAAGCAGGCUCGGGGUUUCAAGCUCAGCUCCCUCUCCCGUCUCGCCAUGGUCAAGGACGACAAGAACCAAUCCACGCUUGCCGACCUCGUCGAACGAAUUGUCCGGCAGCAGUACCCCGAAUGGGACACAUUCGUCAAUGACAUACAGGGCGUCAUGACGGCCCAAAAGAUCAACAUCGAACAGCUGCAAGCAGAUGCUAAGAGGUACAUUGACAAUGUUCGGAACGUCCAAAUGUCCCUCGACAGCGGCAACCUGUCCGACCCCAAGAAAUUCCACCCACAAGACCGCGUGUCCCAGGUUGUGCAGCGCUGCAUGAAGGAAGCUAGACGCAAGGCCGAGCAGAUGCAGCUGUACCUGGAGGAGAUGUCGCGGACCUACGAUGAAAUCAUGGCGUUCUACGGCGAGGACCCGACAGAUGACAACGCCCGGCGAGACUUCUUUGCGAAGCUGGCACUCUUCAUCUCGGAAUGGAAGAAAUCGCGGGACAAGAACGUCACUUUUGAGGAGACGAGACGCCGCAAUGAGGAGUCGAUGCGUCGCAAGAACGCAGCACUAAAUGUCCGCGCAGACCGACUCGCAGACGGCGGACCCGUCAGUCCUAGCAGUGCCGGAGCGAUGGAUAGCCUUCUCGAGAAACUGCGCGCGGCGGCGCCACAGACGCGAGACCAGAGAGACCGCAGGAGGCGUGCGAGACUCAAGGACAGACACCAGGUGCGUGUUGCCUCGGGACAGAAGAUCCCGGAGAUCAACGAGAUUCCCGACUUGGACACCGGUCUCCCGAGUGCCAAGAGCGUCGACAGCCACGCCACGGACGACACGGCAGCCACCAGCAGCGUGGGCGGCAACCUGCUGUCGCCCACGUCGGUCACCUCGCCACAGGAAGGAGAGGACGACAUCGCGCAGCGAGCAGCCAUGCUCCUGCAAGGCAUGAGAGAUGGCGACGAGGGCGAGGGUGACGAGGAUAGGAGGGAGGCGCUGAAGCAGGCCAGGCGGAGGACGGCCCAGGACGAGAGGAACUCGAGGAGGCGGAGGAGGGAGAAGACGAGCAGCUCGCAGCCGCCACCGAAGCCGGCGAACGGGACAGCGGAGGGCGAGGCCGAGGGCAACGCGGCCGAGGGCGAGCCGGCACAGGGGGACAGGGACGAGGCCGGCAGCACAGCAGCGCACAACGGGGAGCCCGCAGCUGCGGCUGAGGAAGAGGGAGACGUGCCGACGCCGAAGCCAGAGGAGGAGGCGGUGCCGGCGUGAGGGGGCGGUGUCCCUGAUGUCGUCUGCUGUUGCCCCUAUGACAAGGUUUCCCCCGGCUGUAAUAAGUGAGUGCUCGCGUUUCAGGCUUUCGAGAUGAGGGGAGGCGGGUCGCACCACGCUGAAUGGAAAGGAUCCAGUCAGGCAGGUUGUCGCCUCAGCUGUCCAUAUCUGCCUGCCUACGUAUACGUAUGUAGCAGGUGUAUAUAUCCAUAUAUAUCCAUAUAAUGUUUACCCAAGGCAUGUUGGGAGGAGCGCAUGAUGUGGCCUUCCCUGCUGUGCUUGCUGUCUGCCCCGUAGGAGAGAUGAAGCGAUGUCCACAGGCUUGGGGCUUAUUGGUCUGGUCCCUUUCUGUUUGAUGUUUUGGCGCCCCGUGCUGUAGCAAACCAGGAGGUGGAUUUCAGGUUGAGAGGGCGUUGGGAUACCUAGACGAGACAGAAUGGAAUUUCUGGGAGAGGUGGAGGUCAUGCUGAUGUACAUGGGAUGUAAUGUGAGGUCGUUGUUGUUUGGUUCUCAUGGAUUCAGGGGUGGCAUUGUGUUUCUCAUGAAGCCUUGCAUAUUCCCAGCACUGAAACGACCUCAAGCCGCAGCUGAGUUGACGUGGAUGAGAGUGCCCAAAGGGUGAUGUCCA